GUUAAAUGAAGUAUUCGCGCUGAGAAUGAAAUUGCCCUCGGUUUCCGUUAUAGACACCCAAUGAAGGCGCAGAAAAAUAGGUCGAAAAACAAUGAAUCUAAUCACUUUGCAUGAAAACGCGGCUAGUGCAUGUGGAAUGCAGCAAGCAUUCCACAGCGACAUGGAUCACGCAAAUAUUUUCUACUCAGUCGAAGAAACGGAAGCGGAUUCCCACUCAUUAAGAAAAAGCAUUUCAAAUAUGCCUACGGCCACUGUUGUUCCUUUAAUAACCUUUCAUAACUCCUACCGAAAACCCUGCAACUGUGCCAAAUCGCAUUGCUUGAAACUUUAUUGUGAAUGCUUCGCGCGUGGGGCCAUUUGUGAUGGCUGCAACUGCACAAACUGUAUGAACAACGUAACUCAUGACGAUGCCCGUCGUAAAGCAAUCAAGUUGACCCUUGAAAGAAAUCCACUUGCAUUCCAUCCAAAAAUUGGUGAAAAUGAUCGAAAACACUCAAAAGGUUGCAAUUGCAAACGUUCGGGGUGCCUUAAAAAUUACUGUGAGUGUUAUGAGGCAAAAAUCAACUGUUCCGACUUGUGCCGCUGUCAAGGUUGCAGAAAUAUUGAUAACGUAUGCUCUCAGGAGAGUGCAUCCCAAUUAGGUACUUUGCCAAUUACGAAACCAAAAAGUUCUCAUGCGCAUAAGAGGCCGUCUGCUUAUCACCGCUGUACUGAGCAAUUUGUCCGACUACCACAUGCCACUCAGGCUUUUGGACAUUAUGACAAUGAAUCAGAAGCUAUGAUUGCUUACCACAAUUAUCCAGGGGUUACUAUAAUACCUAAUGGAUUUUUAUCAGUGGAGGUUACUGAAGCAGCUUGCAGCUGCAUGCUCGCUCAAUUGGAUGAAGCAAAACAAAGAUCAUUUUCGCCAGUUAGUCAGGAGCGUGUAAUACUGGAAGAGUUUGGCAAAUGUUUAGAGCAGAUUUUGGAAUCUGCGGCAAAAGAUAAGUCCGCCGCCACUUUCUGCCAUGGUCGAUCUGGAACACCACGCAAAAUUUUGGUUCUCUGGUUUAGUGAACUUCACGGGAUUGGCAAGUUGAACAAGUUAACACCUGCUUUUGUAUUCGAUCCAUCAGCUCAGACCAGAACAUUAGUUCCCUUGCUCUGCAGGUGCUAUAGUUAACACUCAAGUGA